UAAAGAAGAAGAAAAACCGGGCGGAAUUGGUAGAAUUAGUACUUAGAUUUGAUAAUAUAACAGUUGAUUUUUGUUCCCCAUUUCAAAAUUAAUGCAUCAUUUGGGUGUAAAAAGGGAGGUUCUUGGUACAAAUUCAGACACAAAGAAUGUGGGUUUGAAGGGCAAGGAUAUCGGGCCAGUUUGUCCAAAGCCACGUCGCCUUGGAUCUACCUUACCUGCACAAUUCCUCAAUCAUCCCUGCUUAUGCAGAGAGCACCAUGAUGCAGAUUCCGAUGGAAGGAGCGGAAUUCUGGACAUAAUUGCUGAGAAGAGGAUGGAUGGAAGAGAUGAGAUAGGGAGAUGCAACAGGUGCUGGUGGUCAGGAUCUCCACCUGGAAGAACAAACAAUCCCUUAGUUCAUGAUGUUCACUUCCUCCAAAUUCAUGGUGGUCACAUGCCGGAUCUCUUCCCCCCAUUUACCUCUAUAUAGACAAUUCAACUUUAUUACUUUGUUGUAUGUAACUUCGAUACACAUAUACAUAUAUAGUGUGAAACUCAUUUAUACUUUCGUGAUAUAAUAUUCAAAACACACACUAUGUAGAUAGAUAAAUUGGAAAGAAACCAGUUCAAAUUUAUACUGCCUCUAUGUGUGUAUGUCCCACCAUCUUCUACAAUCUUAUAACCAUCACAAAAACAAAUCAAAUAAGAAUUUCGCAUUGUUUUCA